GCUUUACGGCGCCGUAAGUGAAACCCGGAAGAUCGGUCCCUGGUGGGCACGUGGUUUUGGGUCUGCAAUUACAGAAAGAUUGUAGUGAGACUUUGAGGGGCAUUAGCGAAUCACCUACGAGUCUAUAAACGGUCUCCCCCUCCCUGGAGUUCGGAAUGCUUUACUUGAUCGGCUUGGGCCUGGGAGAUGCCAAGGACAUCACAGUCAAGGGCCUGGAAGUUGUGAGACGCUGCAGUCGCGUGUAUCUGGAAGCCUACACCUCAGUCCUGACUGUAGGGAAGGAAGCCCUGGAAGAAUUUUAUGGAAGAAAAUUGAUUCUUGCUGACAGAGAAGAAGUAGAACAAGAAGCAGAUAAUAUUUUUAAGGAUGCAGAUGUCAGUGAUGUUGCAUUCCUCGUGGUUGGUGAUCCAUUCGGGGCUACAACACACAGUGAUCUUAUUCUGAGAGCAACGAAGUUGGGCAUCCCUUAUCAAGUUAUUCACAAUGCCUCCAUAAUGAACGCUGUAGGCUGCUGUGGUUUACAGUUGUACAGGUUUGGAGAAACAGUUUCUAUUGUUUUUUGGACGGACACUUGGAGACCAGAGAGCUUCUUUGACAAGGUGAAGAAGAACCGAGAAAAUGGCAUGCACACUUUGUGCUUACUUGAUAUCAAGGUGAAGGAGCAGUCUCUGGAGAACCUCAUCAGCCCGCCUCAUGCUGCCAAGGAUGAGCUAGUUCUGCCACAGCGCCACCACACCAAGAUGGACUGUAUACCCUGAACUGUAAGCCAAAUAGAGCCACCUCCCUCCAUUACACUGCCUACUCUACUCCAGCAAUGAUGAGAGUGACUUCACCCUGCCAAAAUGGCUUCCAAACUGGCAUUUUCUUUCUGCAUUUUCACAGUAUCACAUGUGAGUUCUUAUUGCUUAUCUCUUGCAAGACAGCUCUGUCCCCCUUUCCCAAACACUGCUAGCUGAAGACUAGAUGUAAGGUUGUUUAUAAAGGAUCACAGACUGUAGUAAAAUGCAACGUAAACUUAGUUCCUGUGUCCCUAUUCACUUUUGGAGACAGGCCGCACAGUGCCCCACCCUCUUGACAUUUUUUAGUUUUGGGUCAAAUAUUAAAAAGAGGCAGUGAGCUUCCCAUCCCUUCUUUUUGAAGCUAUUUGUUUGCUAGUGCCUUUGCUGUCCCACACAUGACAGCAUGACCUUACUGGUACCUGCGGUGAUGGCCGUGAGAUUUUGACUGCAGGUCUUUCAUAUGGUGUGGAUAUUUUGGAAUUUAUCCCAUGUGCGAAGUAUACAGCCAUUCUUUACAUUUUUCUUGCACUGAACACCUUAUCCUCUUUUGAUCUCUGAUGAGUCUGAUAACAGGAAUGACAGACAUUGCUUGUCCCACAGUCACUGAGCUCUGUUCUGUUUCUCUUGUUUUAUUCUUAAAAUGGCUUCUGUUCUGAAUGGGUAAGUUUUCCUGAUCUGUCUUCAAGGUUAUUGACUCUUGCUUCUUCUAUACUGUUAUUGGGUUCAUUUUAUGUGUUUUUAAAUUUUGCUUAUUGUCCUAAUUUUUCAUUUUUAAAGGUUUUUUAAUGUGCAUAUGUGUACAAGUGUGUGAGUUAUCUGUAGGAGACCACAGAGACAAAAGAGGAUGUUAGAUCCCCUGGAACUGGAGUUAUAGACCAUUCUGAAGCCAUCAUAUAGGAGCCAGUCCUGGGUCCUCUUGAAGGAAGAACAGUAGCUGUUAGCCACUGAGCAAAUUCCUCAGCCCUAAUCCCCAACUUCUUACAUUAGUUUUUGUUGCAGGAUUAUUUGUUACUGUGUAAUUGUACAUUUUCAUGGUGGCUACAUCAAGAUCUUUAGUAGGUUACUCCAUUGUUCAUGUUGUUACAGCAUGUGGGAUGAUUGAAAUUGGACAUUCUGAAUAUCAUAUAUUAAAUUCCAAGUCUUCUAAAACUCUACGGUGAAGGCAGCCUUUCUGUUCUCAUAAGAAGCAGUAGUGAAGGGCAGGAUGUGUGUGAAUGCUAGUAUUGAAUGUAUACUGGUCAAAGACUGCAGGUCUGGCCCUGUGUAACUUACUUUACUCAGUCUGGAACUUGGGGAGUUGGACAGGGCUUUUUUUAUUUUGCUAAGUAGGAUCCACAUCAAAGCAUUGAUGAUUUGAAGGUGAUCCUUGGGGUUCAUAAAUUAUUUACAUGGUUCUCCGGGGCUACUGUGCCCCUCAGUCUUCCUUCACCCCACAGUUCCUUGGGCUCCCUCUCCCCAUCCUCAGCCAGGAGCCUGGCAGUUUCACUACUCUUCAAUUCAUAAUGGCCUGAGUGAGACUGCACCCUCACCCAUGUAUGUAGAAGAGAGAGAGAUUGGUUUUUUUUGAAGCCAUAGCUUUUCCAACUCCCCCUGCCCCCCCCCCCCCCCCAAAAAAAAUCUGCCCUUUUUAGGAGUUGAGGCUUCUGUUGGUUUCCGUAGCCGCUGGCUAUCAAUCACACGGCGCUGCCUCUGAGAAGUCUCAAGCUGGCGGACUGCAGAUGUGUUAACCUUGCCUUUUGGGAUCUUCCUAAGCCAAUGUGACCUUUAUACUAAUUGCUCAUCAAGGGGAAGUAGCAUGACGUAGGGAAUUCCUGUAAAGUUGAAUGUGGUGAGCUAGCUCACUGCCUAGGGUAAGGACAACUGGAGCCUAUCAGCUUGUCUGUAUUUUACUUGUAAAUUUAGAUGAUCACAUUUCUAAAAGUUAAAAAAAAAUUGGCAUAGUUGUAAUUCUAAUUGCCAUGAAACUGUAUCUAUGCUUACAUGGAAAUACGGUUCUGUUUAUAAAAUGUUAUACUUUCAAAGGUAAUAUUCCUUGCCAAAUUCAGGAAAUACCAUUCAGAAUGCUUUUGUAUUGUAUCUUAUUUUUAAUCUUUUAGGUUUAGCAAUAGCUGGCUUACAAACAAAACAAGGUUCAUCUUAGUGAUUCAUUCAAUACUACUUCCAAAGAUUUAAAUUUCCCAUUAAAACAUGUGUGUGUGUGUGUGUGUGUACAUUCACAUGUGGAAGCCAGAGGACAUUGGGUGUCUGUGGCUUAUUCCUUUGAGACAGUCUCCCACUGAACUUGAAGUUAGGUUGGCGGCUAAUGAACCCCAGCGAUCCUCAUCUGUGGUGGCGUUAUAGCCACCAGUGUGGCUGUGCUGGCUGGCUUUGUUGUGUCAACUUGACACAAGCUGGAGUUAUCACAGAGAAAGGAGCCUCAGUUGUGGAAAUGCCUUGCUGAGACCCAGCUGUAAAGCAUUUUCUCAAUUAGUGAUCAAGGGGACACAGCCCAUUGUGGGCAGUGCCAUCCCUGGGCUGGUAGUCUUGGGCUCUAUAAAAAAGCAAGCCAAGCAAGCCAGUAAAAGCAAGUCAGUAAGUAACAUCCCUCCAUGGCCUCUACAUCAGCUCCUGCUUCCUGACCUGCUUGAUUUCCAGUCCUGACUCCCUUUGGUGAUGAACAGCAAAGUGGAUGUGUAAGCUGAAUAAACCCUUUCCUCCCCAACUUGCUUGUUGGUCCUGAUGUUUGUGCAGGAAUAGAAAACCUGACUAAGACAGUGGUCAUGCCUAAGUUUGAACUCAUGACAGAAUGUUGGUCCAGCAAACAAACUUCUUACCCACCAAGCUAUCUCUCCUGCUUGCUUUUUCUUUUUUUAUCAAUAAAUGUUGACCUCCUACUGUAUGCAUGCAUCAGGCUCUUAGAUAUAGUUGUCUAUUUAAAUGUUGGUGACACAAACAAGCAUGAGUUUCAUGGUAGACUUUAAAAUAUUACGUUUUUCUUUUACUGAAUAUUUUAUUUACAUUUCAAAUGUUAUAUACCCUUUCCCAGUCCUCUCCAGAAACCUGCUAUCCCACUCCCCUCCCCCUUGUUUCUAUGCGGGUGCUCUCCAACUCACCCACCCUGUCCCUCCCUCCCUGCCCUGGCAUUCCUCUACACUGGGGCAUCGAACCUUCACAGGACCAAGAGCCUCUCCUCCCAUUGAUGCCCAACUAGGCCAUCCUCUGCUACAUAUGUGGAUGGAGCCAUAGGUCACUCCAUGUGUACUCUUUGGUUGGUGGUUUAGUCCUUGGGGGGUCUGGGGGGGUCUGGUUGGUUGAUAUUGUUCUUCCUCUGGGGUUGCAAACCCCCUCAGCCACUUCAGUCCUUUCUCUAACUCCUCCACUGGGGACCCUGUUCUCAGUUCAAUGGAUCUAUGUGAGCAUUUGCCUCUGUAUUUGUCAGACUUGAGCAGACCCUCUCAGAGACAGCUGUAUCAGGUUCCUGUCAGCAUGCACUUCUUGGCAUCAGCAAUAGUGACUGGGUUUGGUGGCUUUAUAUGGGAUGGAUCCCCAGGUGGGGCAGUCUCUGGAUGGCCUUCCCUUCAGUCUCUGUUCCACACUCUGUCUCCAUAUUCCCUCCUUUAUUUUGUUCCCCUUCUAAGAAGGACCGAAGCAUCCACAUUUUGGUCUUCCUUCUUCUUGAGUUUCAAAAAGGUCUGUAAAUUAUAUCUUGGGUAUUCCAAGCUUUUGGGCUAAUGUUUUGGGCUUAUCAGUGAGUGCAUACCAUGUUUUUUUGUUUGUUUUGUUUUGCUUUUCUGUGAUUGGGCUACCUCACUCAGGAUUUUUUCUAGUUCCAUCCAUUUGCCUAUGAAUUUCAUGAAGUCAUUGUUUUUAAUAGCUGAGUAAUACUCCAUUGUGUAAGUGUACAUUUUCUAUGUGUGUGGUUUUUCUUGCAUGUAUGUGUACUACAUGCAUGCAAUUUCUAUGGUGACCAGAAGAGGUCACCAGAUCCCCCGGGACUGAAGUUACAGGUGGUUGUGAACUGCAUGUGGGGAAUUGAGCAUUGAACCUUUGAAAGGUCAGCCACUCUUAGCCACUGAACCAUCUCUCCAGCCUCCACUGGUAGAUUUUCUUUUUAAGCUUGGAGAUAGGGCUAGUCGAACUGACAAUGUUCAAAAGAACCAUCAAAGUGUUAAUUUUCUAUUUUCCCUUGAAUAGAAUGCAAAAUAGUAAAUUGUGGUAUCGGCUAUAUCUGUUGUAUAUCUGCUUCUCCAUUUUCGUUGUCUCCAUGAAAAGCUUGUUUAUUGCUACACUAUAAGAAAUGUGACAAAAUUAGAAAACAGACAUUUAAAUUUCCAUAGGGGACGAAGAAGUAGCUCAGUGGUAUAGAACACUGGCUGUUCUUCUCUUCUAAAGGUCCUGAGUUGAAAUCCCAGGGACUACUUGUGGCUUGCAACUAUGUAUAAAGGGGUUCAGUGCCCCUCCUGGUGUGUAGGCAAAGCACUUGUAUAUAUGAAGAAACCCUUAGCUGGACCUGGUACACUCAGGAGGCAAAGACAGGUGGAUCCAUCCGAAUGAGGCCAGCCUGGUCUACCUAGUGAAUUCCAGGACAGCCACCUGCUAAGAAAAAAAAAAAAUCUAGAGUUCAUAGGAAUCUGUGUUAUGGCAGCAUUCUAUACCAGGGAUUUUACCUCUUCCCCACAAGUCAAACCACGAAUGUAGAGUCAGUUUUUAAAACAAGAAAGUAGUAAUGAUUAUUUCCAGGGAAGAACCAAAACAAGUCGAAGGGGAGCAUCAAGAAAAAGAACCAGCAUUCUGAGCUAGAGACUGCAAGUAUACCGGGGGGGCUCGCCUUGACAGCCAAAGUAACACGGGCAGGCUUCUGAGGAAUGAAGCAGACUCCUUUAAAAGCAAGAUGGCCACAGCACUGAACUGUAUGUAGUAAACGGCUUGUCUCAACCCGUGUGAGAGAUUGAGGCGAAAGAUUAACAGGCGACUGUGGACUUUGACUCAGAGACUAAUUCUAGGAAACAGAGUGAAGGCAGACAUUCCCUGAUCCAGCCAGUCCCAUGGAAGGCCAGCCCAGCAGAUGCCUUAUCAUCCUGGCCCCUGGCCCAGGUCUUUCUCAGUUGGUGGGAGGGGCUGAAGCAGACACGGACCGGAUGGAAGGAUGAGCAUUUCUCAUCCUGUUUUCAGUCAAGUCUGGGAUCCCAGUAGUAUUCCUGGAAAGGGAAGGAAGGACUCUGUGAUGCAGGCCAAGGCAGUAGAGGUGGCGAUGUUUCAAUCUCAAGGAUUCUCUAAGGAAUUCUGAAGAGAACAGUCACUCCAGAGCAAUGUGGACGGGAGGAUUUCAUUUCUGUUCAGAUUUUGUAUGUUGGCAAAACAUAUAUGUACAAAACUCUGACCAAGCAGAAGUGAAACCAGAGUACUGGGAGUUGCCGACUCAGAACAAGCGCAUAUCCACUCUGGAACUGCAGGGUGCAGCCGAGGCUGUAGCCCCAGGACAGGCAGGACUGACAACUGAGGUCUGGGUAGGAGUCCCUUUGACAGGGUGGCAUGAGAUUUUUCUGGAAGAGAAUUGUUUUCAUCUUAAAAAUUACUUAUUUUCGACUGGCCUCAAACUCACAGAAAUCCACCUGCCUGUACCUCCUUGGUGUUGAGAUUAAAGAUGUAUACAUACCCUGGGAGGGUCAUGUAGACUGGUGUCAUACAGGGGUCAGCUUUAUGUCAGAUGAGGUCAUGAACAAGUCAAUGCUAGUGGGAUCUCAGAAAAGGAACACACCCUAAAUGGACUUGAACUGAAGGAAGAGGAUGUAGGAAGAGGCUCUGGACAAAGAAAGACAGCUUAGCAUCUCUCUCCUGAACAUUCUGCAAGUGUUCUUUCUGGUCCAUUUCACUCAGAGACAUGACUCAGGAAGGCUUUUACACAGAAAUUUAAUUGAAAACAAAAUUUCAAUACAGCUGUUUAUGAUCAUUUAAAAAUACACCGCAGUUAAACAAAACACGUAUGUCAAUGUGUACAAGUAGAAAAGGCAAAAGAUACAUAGUAGGUCUAUUGUAGUGCACGUGGGCAAGUCAUAAUUAUUCACAGCAGCAUUUUCAAACCAUCCAAGUCUUACGUGUGACAUCCCCACCUAGCCUUGUAUGUAAACACUUAGAAAUGUUCUGAUGCCUCAUCUUCACCAAGGCGCCAACCCCAAGUCCAAAACUAGCCGUAUGUCUUCCACCAUUACAGACAAGCAAGUGCAGUGCUGAGUGGUGUCCGGCAUACAGGAAGAAGGGGAGAAUUUCAGUCACACCAUUUCCAAAUUAGGGGAGAAAAUAUAGAAAACAUAUUUGAAGGGAAACGACAAAAAAGGUUAAGUGUAUUUGAGCGACAUUUAAAAUCAUGUAAUACCCAUGGUGUUUUUAUUAGACGCACCUUCAAGAAAUACCUCCGAAAGAGUUUUGAAUGACAAAAUAUCCAGAGAGAGUGACCGUUCUUAAAUCUUUUUUUUUGGUUCUUUUUUUCGGAGCUGGGGACCGAACCCAGGGCCUUGCGCUUCCUAGGUAAGCGCUCUACCACUGAGCUAAAUCCCCAGCCCCGAGAGUGACUGUUCUUAAUGGAACACAAUAGGGCAACUCUCCACCCAAACAAUCCCCAGCAUGGCGGCCGCAGUCCC